UGUAAGCGCAUCCGCUGCGUAAAGCAUGUGCUGAAUCAGUUGGCGGUUCGUUCCGCUGUUUUUUUUAAUACACCAGUGAUUACUUUCAAAGUAGCCUACAUUUAAUCUAUAAUUGUAAUACUGCAAGCACGUUGAUAAUAUUAGAAGACUACUAUAAACCAUAUGGCUCAUUCGGCGAUAUCUAUUAUAUAAAGCUUUUUAUAUAAACACUUCAAACUGCUUGGCUUAUAAAAAGGCAGUGAAGCCCUUGUGCAUGUUAAAAAGCUUGGCGCAAUCGGUAGCACGGUUUUGCGCAUGCGCACCAGAACAUUUCUCUCAGUUCAUAACGUCGAGUGUCCACGCUGUUCACAGAAACACAACAUGUCAGAAAAGAAGCAAACAGUGGAUUUGGGGCUUUUGGAGGAGGAUGAUGAAUUUGAGGAAUUCCCAGCAGAGGACUGGACGGGCCUGGAUGAAGAUGAGGAUGCUCAUGUUUGGGAAGAUAACUGGGAUGACGACAACGUAGAGGAUGACUUUUCUAAUCAGCUGAGAGCGGAGCUUGAAAAACACGGAUACAAGAUGGAAACCUCAUAACGGUGGAUUACAUAAGUUUAAAAAAAUGGACUUUUUCCCAGAUAUGAAUAUUGUCACCUCGUUCUGUCAAUAGAAAUUGUGACUUCUCUCAUUACUUCUGUAAGAAGCCUAGCGUUGUAAAAAGCGAGUCAUUUAAAACCCGAUAUCAUUGUUUCCCCCCCUUUCCUCUUAUAUAAAGAUUGUGUUAAUGAUUGAUAAUAAAACAGGUUUUCCCUAUUAUGAUUUCUUCUUUUUUAGCAGAUUUACAAACAGAGCAUUGAUUGAUUUGUAAAUCAGUAAAGUCUGGUAAAUAUUUUCGGAUGGUGAGCGGUGAUGCAACUGCACACACAUCCAUAGAGGAGCUCAGAGUCGUGAUCUGAAGCUGCUCUGCUGUGCCCUGACACUUCCCUUAAACCCAUGGGGGCCUGGCAAGAGUCUCUGGUGGCGAGAUUAUCCAGUCAAGUGUUUGUCAGAGGCACGGAGGUGGUCACAGCAUGAGGCCCCAGCCGGUCCUGCCUGGGCCUGCCCACUGCCGACCGGGCCCUGCUCUUUUGCUCCUCACAGCGAGGGCUCCCACAAUGAACCAGAAGCCAAUUUGCCCAGCCGCACUCCCUCCCAACCAAAAAAACGAUUUCUCUGGAUUUGUGGCUGUGAGUCCCGAGGACGUAAUGAGCUGAAAUCAAUGCCAGUAAAGCAUCUCCCACCGCAGAGGAACACAUCAUCAUUUUGUUCAUGUGUUAAAGCCUUGUGUUGCAUAUUUUCCACCUCCGCCUGAAUUCAAAAUAUAAUUUGUAAAUGAUUGGAAUGAUUAUUUGUUUUGGAUCCUAAAUUGAGAAAUGGCUAUAAUGUGAAUUGCAUUGGUUUGUUAUCGCUCUAAAUGCCCUUACGCUCCAAUGACAAUAAACCCAAAGCUUGGAAAUUG